UUGACAGCUUUACCCGGAUGUGGAUCCUCUCGCUUGGCAACGUUUGCGAGGAAGUUUGUACUUCUGCGCCGAUAAAUUUCAUACAUUUUUGGAAAAUGUUUCCUUUUACCUAAGAAAAUUUAUUAUUUUAUAGGAUUUGAAUAGAAGGCAUAAAUAUGUUUUUGUUGGCUUUGGUUUUCUUCCUCUAUAACUAUGUCGAAGGUAUCCAGAAUGUUGCCAGACCAAACAUUGUUAUGGUGAUGAGUGAUGCAUUUGAUGGCCGAUUAUCAUUUGAUCCAGGCAGCAAAGUAGUGCAGCUCCCAUACAUAAAUUACCUCAGGGAGUUGGGCUCUACUUUCCUUAAUUCUUACACAAACUCGCCCAUCUGCUGCCCUUCAAGAGCAGCAAUGUGGAGCGGUCAGUUUGUUCACCUCACUCAAUCAUGGAACAACUACAAGUGCUUGAAUGCAAACUCAACCACAUGGAUGGAUUUGUUGGAGAGGAAUGGAUAUCGUACAAAGAUGCUGGGCAAGCUGGAUUAUACCUCAGGAAGUCACUCAGUAAGUAAUCGUGUCGAAGCGUGGACACGAAAUGUUCAGUUCCUCCUUCGCCAGGAAGGCCGGCCUGUUUCUCAACUUGUUGGCAACAUGUCAACCAUAAGGAUCAUGGAAGAUGACUGGAAAAACACAGAUAAAGCUACUCAGUGGAUCCGUCACGCAGCUGCACUUUCAAAUGAGCCCUUUGCUCUUUAUCUUGGCCUCAAUCUGCCUCAUCCUUAUAAAACUGAUUCUUUGGGGCCUACGGCAGGAGGAUCCACCUUUCGCAGCUCACCGUACUGGCUCACCAAGGUGUCUUCUGAGCUUGUCUCUAUUCCUAAAUGGUUGCCUAUGGCUGCGAUGCAUCCUGUUGACUACUACUCUACCUUUACCAAAAACUGCAGCAGCAAGUUCACUGAGGAGGAAAUAAAAAGCAUUCGGACCUUCUACUAUGCCAUGUGUGCAGAAGCAGACGCCAUGCUGGGUCAGGUGAUUGCAGCUCUGAGGGAGACCGGCGUGCUGGACAACACUGCUGUCAUCUUCACAGCCGACCACGGGGAGCUAGCCAUGGAGCACCGGCAGUUCUACAAGAUGUCAAUGUUCGAAGGCAGUUCUCAUGUUCCCCUGCUCAUCAUGGGGCCUGAGGUGAAGUCUGGCCUGCAGGUCGAGCAGCUUGUGUCCUUGGUUGAUCUCUAUCCCACUGUGCUUGAUAUUGCUGGUAUUCCAGCUGUCGGCAAUUUAAGUGGGCACUCCAUCCUGCCAUUGAUAUCCAAAUCUGGGAAUCUUUCUAAGAACGAACACACAGAGUGGGUAUUGAGUGAAUAUCACGGCUGCAAUGCCAAUGCCUCUACAUAUAUGCUUAGGGUUGGACAUUGGAAAUACAUUGCCUAUGCAGAUGGACUCAGUGUGCCCCCACAACUUUUCAAUGUCAAAGUGGACAAGGAUGAACUGCACAAUGUUGUUCUCAGAUUCCCAGACGUCCAGGCUAAACUCGACAUGAUGUUACGCAGCAUUGUAGAUUAUCCAAAAGUCUCCUCAGCUGUCCAUCUCUACAAUAAGAAGUCAUUUGCUGCAUGGCGGGACAGUUUGGGGAGAGACUAUGCUGAGGUCAUCGCUAACCUCAGGUGGCAUGCAGACUGGCAAAAGGACAUCCUGGCCAAUGAGAAAGCCAUUGAUACAUGGCUGCAUGGCUCUUCAAGAACAUUUUAUGGCUAAAGUGAUGGUUAAACUUCCUAUGCUGCAAUAGUACUUUCAUGAACCUUUUGUAUUUUAAUACAUCCAUUCUAAAAGCUAGAGAGGUAUUGUUAGAUUGUAUUUCUCAGAUACACCAAUCAGGUGGGUAAUUAUGACCAGUAAUCCUGAUUGGUCUGUGGCUGUGCAGCCUGUGUAUUUUCACACCCUUCAAUCAUAACCAGUAGGAAAUGUGCCAGCAAUUAGAGCCAAAUUAGCUUGUCUGAUCAACCACAAGGAUCAGUAAGGGGGAGUGAACCCCUGUGCAUCAGUGAGCUUUAAACACGAAUGACCAUUGACUUCUCAAAGAGGACAUAUAUCUUAAAGAUUUCAGUUUGUACAUAUUAAUCAGUAAGAUUAAUAAAUAACAUUUUCAAAUAAUUUAAAAUCUUAAAAAUUUAAUUUAUUUAGAUGUUAAUAGGAAUGACAGAUUGACUCUGUUUACUGAUUAUGUGACCUUUAAAGACAUAUUUUAGUCCUUUGGUUUUAUUUGGGGUUUAUCAGUGUAAACAGGCCUCAACACAUACAGUUUUCAGAUCUAUUUUCUUCCAGGUCACAAUAAUGUUCUACUUUGUGUUGGCCUAUCAUGUAAAAUCUCCUAUAAUAUAUUAUAUAGUGAUAUUUGUGGCUGUAAAAUGAAAAGCAAAUUCUAUUAUACGAUCAAUUUAAGUAGUGGCAUGUGAGUAAAUAAAACCAAGGGUGCUAAAUGCACAACAUGUAGACAAUCGGGCUAUUUAAGAGAGGUUAUUAUUGCUGGGGGGACUGCUGGGUGAUGGACUGCUGAAAAUGAGGCCUUCAAUUUCUACUUAGAUUCUGGAUAACUUCAGGGGGUUAUUUAAACUUAACUUAAAUUUGGAUAUUUUUUACACAUUCGCUGUACUACACAGAUCCAUUUUCAGGACUGACCGUUUCGAUUUGUGCUCACAUAAUAAAGUAAAGGCGAUCUACACUAGACAUA